AUGUUCAAUAACGAAGCCGCAAGCAUAUCUCGCGCGACUUCUAUCUCCAGAGCCAGCAAGCAAGGGUCUACAGUCUCGCGCAGCCAGUCUCUUAUCAAGAAAAAUGUCGCACCUCAAGAUCUUCGACCAUCAGACAUUCUUAUCGAGCGCUUUGUCGCAUGGAAAAUCAUCGUGAAACAGCUCGUCGCUUACUUUGAAGGCAUAGCGGAUAUCGAAAACAACAUCGCAAAAGAAUAUACGAAACUCGGUGCCGUCAUCCAGGUUCCUUUUCGCUCUGGCAAUCAAUUUCUAGGAGAAGGUGGUCUGCAGGACAUCUACUAUGGGAUACGGGAUAAAAGUCGUGCAAUCGCUGACCAGCAUGCCAACUUAGGCCGCACAAUUGAUAGUUCCAUAGUCCAACAUCUUCAAAAAUUGAGGUCAGAAAUCAAAGCCCAUAUAAAGAAUGUUCAGAAUGAUACGGGAAAGCUAGCUACUAGUGUUGCGAAAGAGAGGGAACUUUCUACCAGAUAUGUAGGCGAGCUUUCUACUAGCAUAUCAGUCUUCAAAAAUACGCCUAUGAAUGUCAACAGCAAAAGCGAUCCGUAUGUUUCCAAUAUGGCUGUAAUGCGUCAACUUCAAAAACAAGUACACGAAGAAAAUGCUUUACAAAAAUCAAUCAUUAUUAUGCAACAGAAUUCAGCACAUUUUGAGGAAGGCAUCGUUCGCGCAAUUCAGUCAGCUUGGCAGACCUAUGAUGAAUGGCAGUCUCGAAUGUCCAGCUCCGUACAAGAUUCGUGGCAUAGCCUUGGCACACACAUGUCGUCUUUAGCCCCGGAUCGCGAAUGGAUAUCUUUUUCUGCACGCUCGGAUCAUCUUCUCGAUCCAGAAACUCCUCUGCGAAACCCAGAAACUAUUCAUUAUCCAUCAAAAGAGGACCCAUCUGUGAUCGCGGUACACACCGGCCAUCUCGAACGCAAGAAACGUUUCACACGUACCUACCGCGAAGCAUAUUACGUUCUCACUCCUGCGGGUUUCCUUCAUGAGUAUAACUCGUCAGACCCUGCACACAGUGGUGGACAUGUGCCAGUAUUUUCUCUCUUUCUUCCGGCUUGCACACUAGGCCCUCCCUCGUCGAGCUUCGCCAAGUCGCAUAAAUUUCACAUUGAAGGUCGCAAAGAUGGUACUGGUACGACGAAAUCGGGGUCUUUCAAGCUUCCCAUGACAGGCGGUCAGCAUGCAUGGUCCUUCCGGGCACGCAGUCGCGAUGAUAUGAUGGAGUGGUGGAAUGAUAUCAGAAUGCUCUGUGCAAGGUAUCUCGUUGCUAGUGAAUCUAUGGAGCGUGGUGGUCCGGUGGAAGCUGCUGUUCGUGCGGCGGGAUAUGUAAGCGAGGAGGAAGAUGAAGACGACGAGGGUUCUAGCGUGGAAGAGGAGCAAGAUGAUGAGGAUGACCUAUACCAAGAUGCUGUAGUAGAUGAAGAGGAUGGUCCGCCCUCUUACUCUCAUCCGGCCAAGAAUUCUGGGAUUGAGGCGGGUCAGAAUGGAUAUGCGGUACGUUUUAGGCGCGUUGUUUUAACACAUCAUCCCUGA